AAUACUUUAGCAUAUUGUUGCUAAUAAAGUCUAUUUUGAAAAUCCAGAAAAAAUAUAAAUAUUUGUAAUUACCCCUUGGCAAAGAAACGCCGCCAAAAUAACCUAGAAAUAUUUAGCUGCUUCAGCGAUUUCUAUAUUUUAUUUCGAAACGCAUCGUGGAAAUUGGAAACAUAAAACAAUACAGAACGGCGCCCACGGUCUUUUCAAUUCUGCGCGGGUAUUUAAAGUGAAGCUAUUAAGUACCUCACAGAAGCUCUUCAAUCAACCAAUGAAUUGGAACUUGAAGAUGUCUUGGAAAAGAUCAUCGAUGCAGUUGAAAAGCAGCCCUUGUCAUCCAACAUGAUUGAACGAUCUGUAGUGGAAACCGCAGUCCAGGAAUGCAGUCAAUCUGUUGAUGAAACUAUAUGUUUUUCAGAGAGCAUAUUUUCAAUAUCAUAGGAGCUUUUGAUGUUCCACGUUUUCUGUACAAUUCGGAAAGAAAAAAAUUUCUUCCUCUAUUAAUGACCAACCACCCUACACCAAAUUUAUUUGGAACUGCAAGAGAUAAAGCAGAGCUAUAUCGUGAACGAUAUACCAUUUUGCACCAGAGGACCCACAGGCAUGAAUUGUUCACUCCUCCAGUGAUAGGUUCUCAACCUGAUGAAAGCGGAAGCAAAUUCCAGCUUAAAACAAUAGAAACCUUAUUGGGUAGUACAACCAAAAUUGGAGAUGUGAUUGUUCUUGGAAUGAUAACCCAAUUAAAAGAGGGAAAAUUUUUUCUUGAAGAUCCUACUGGAACAGUACAAUUGGAUCUUAGUAAAGCUCAGUUCCACAGUGGUUUAUACACAGAGGCAUGCUUCGUUUUAGCAGAGGGUUGGUUUGAAGAUCAAGUAUUUCAUGUCAACGCCUUUGGAUUUCCACCCACUGAACCUUCUAGUACUACAAGGGCAUACUAUGGAAAUAUUAAUUUUUUUGGAGGGCCUUCUAAUACAUCUGUGAAGACUUCUACAAAGCUGAAACAACUGGAAGAUGAGAACAAAGAUGCCAUGUUUGUAUUUGUAUCUGAUGUUUGGUUGGACCAAAUGGAAGUACUGGAAAAACUUCACACAAUGUUUUCUGGCUAUUCACCAGCACCCCCAACCUGCUUUAUUUUGUGUGGUAACUUUUCAUCAGCACCAUAUGGAAAAAAUCAAGUUCAAGCUUUGAAAGAUUCUCUAAAAACUUUGGCAGACAUAAUAUGUGAAUACCCAAAUAUUCACCAAAGUAGUCGUUUUGUGUUUGUACCUGGUCCGGAGGAUCCUGGGUUUGGUUCCAUCUUACCCAGGCCACCACUUGCUGAAAGCAUCACUAAUGAAUUUAGACAAAGGGUACCAUUUUCAGUUUUUACUACGAAUCCUUGCAGAAUUCAGUAUUGUACACAAGAAAUUAUCAUCUUUCGUGAAGACUUAGUGAAUAAAAUGUGUAGAAACUGUGUCCGUUUUCCUAGUAGCAAUUUGGAUAUUCCUAAUCAUUUUAUAAAGACUAUCCUGUCUCAAGGACAUCUGACUCCUCUACCUCUUUACAUCUGCCCAGUGUAUUGGGCAUAUGAUUAUACUUUAAGAGUGUAUCCUGUGCCCGAUCUGCUUGUCAUUGCAGACAAAUACGAUCCUUUCACCGUGACCAAUACUGAAUGCCUCUGCAUUAACCCUGGCUCUUUUCCAAGAAGUGGAUUUUCAUUCAAAGUUUUUUACCCUUCCAACAAAACAGUAGAAGACAGCAAACUUCAAGGCUUUUGAGAGUCUUAAAGACCAUAUGAAAAAAAAAGCAUCAGUUUUCUGCUUGGUUUUAUGUCUUAAGUGAUUUUGAUAUUAUUAUUAAAUUAUGGUAAACUUUAAAAAUAUUCUUGAAUUUGUAUUUUAUGAAAUUUUGAUAUUGUUAUACCAAAUACAGUGGUACAUUUGAAAAUUUUUAUAGGAAAAACACUUCCAGCAUUCUUUAAAAAAAAUAUGCUGAUUUAAGAGGCCCUGGGUUUGAUCCCCUGCACUGCAAAACAACAAAAUGUAGAUAUGUAUAAAGAUAUAUUCUAGCUGGUUGAGCUGGUGCAUACCUGUAAUCCCAGCAACUUUGAGAGCUUGAGGCAAGUUCAAAGCCAGGAACUCAAAUUUAAAGCCAGCCCCAGCAACUUAGGGAGGCCCUAAGCAAUUAGCCAGAAGACCCUAUCUCAAAAAAAAAAAGAGCAGGUGAGGAUGUGGUUCCAUGGUAAAGCAUCCCUGGGUUCAAUCCCUGGUACAAAGGAAAAAAGGCCCUUCUAAUUAAGCAUGCAUUUAAAAACUAAAACUAACGUUAGCUUAUCAACGGAAUAAAGGCACUUUUAAUUUACCAAAACAAAAAACAUCUGAAGUUAAUUUUGGUAUUAGUCACUAUUUUUUUCCCCCACUCUUUUCUGUUAUUACCUUGAUACCAGUGAGCAUACCCAAGAAUUACUUGUUAGUGUAUUUUAAAUCACCUUUGGAACAUCAAAAUUCUGGACAAGUCUGACCUUAGUAAAGAUAUUUUAAAACAUAAAUACAACAUACUAUUUAAAAAAUGCAUCAAAUUACAAACUGGUUGUUGGAUAUAACAGCCUUGAGUUUCUGGCUCCUUCAAAGUUUUAUGUGAAAUUAUGUGUGGGGACAGGCUUGUGUGUAUGUGUUGGGUCCAUAAUUCUCAUCGGAGUCUCAUUUUGCUGGCCCUCUUCCUUGUCAAAUUCCUUAAUGUGGUAAGUUUUUUUUUUUUUCUGUGCAUUUUUUUUUCCUGCAGAGAUAUUUUGGGAAUCACUGUCUAUAUAAUAAAUUUGCUUUUUUCUUCA